AUGGCUUCGUCUCUCGCCGCGCAGCUGUCGCAAAUUGCGGCCAAAUCGACACAUGAGCUUGACCUCAAGGCGCAACGGAUUUCACACUCACAGUCACUUAUUUUCGACCCAAAGGUCGCCGGCACUCAGGACUUUGAUGCGAUCUAUGAUAUUUGUUAUGAUGGGUUCCGGGAGUUAUGCUCGUUGGACCCCCGGUUUGCCGAGUUUGAUCGCACGAUCUUCAGUGAGCAGAGCAAAGCGGAGGACCGCAGUCAGAUGAACGUACUUCAGAAUAAGGAGUUGGAUACUGCGGUUGAAGCUUUCCUGGCUCUGGUUGGCGGAAGGCUACAGUUGAGUCCUGCAGUGAAGGCUGUGGACUGGCUUGUGAGAAGAUUCAGGAUCCACGAGUUCAACACGACAGCCGUAUUAUUGACGUUCUUACCGUAUCACACGACACCACUCUUUCUGAACCUUCUAUCCAUUCUCCCGGCAACUCUUACGCCGACAUUCAAAGUUCUCGCUCCAUACAAGAACGGUCUCAUUAAUCCGCCAAGACACCCGCUUGUUCACAGCGCAGCGACGAACAAGGCUUUCUUUUCCGAAUUAAACGAAUAUGUCCUUAAAGUCUGUAGGCAACAAGCCCAAAGCCAUGCACUACUUGCAUUUUGGGCCGGAAUUGUUACAGAGGCAGUCGCAACAAUGUUGGAUGGUGCUCGCUCAGGAAGAAGAGAGGCCGAGAAGCAAAAGCAUGAAGAUAUCCUUUUGCGGAUUUUGCCGGUACUCAGUAACGCUUUCACAAUGAAAAAGGUGUCCGAAUUGAUCGUUGGCUGCUAUAUGAUCUGUGUUGUCCUGGCACAGAAGGCCUUCCUAUCGAACGAAGUUAUCGAUGGUCUAAUGGAGAGUGUUGUGGGUUCUUGGACAGAAGAUACAAAGAUAUCUGGUCUGAUUUGUCUUUCGGUCCUUGCACAGCAGAAGCCUGCUGUUACGGUCCCGAAAAAGGUCUUCAAGGGUAUCGUGCGCCUCGAAAAUCCUAUCGCCCAGCUUUCUGAAAUCGCACCGCAAUAUCACACAUCUAAUCUGCUACUUGGGAUCAUUGCCGGCUGCUUGACUGAUCUUGACAAGCAAGACAAUGCCCGCCUUGCAAUUCUGGCCUCCAUCUUUGAGCGCAAGAUGCUUGGCGAGAACGAGAUUGCCAAGGCUAUGAGCCUGGUACUCGAAGCAGCUUCUAAUGCAGAUGAGACCCGAGGAAUGUCCUUGGAUGCCCAGACCCAGCUCGCUGAAUUGGUCCAAGGAUUCAACCGGUCGGAAACCCUCCAACCCAUUUUCCAGCAGACUUUGACUGGAUCCUCGUUCAACAUCUCGGCGCUGGAACACAACCUUCAAACCGUUGUCGAGGCCCCCGUAGUGGCACAGGCCAUCGAAGAUGUGGAUAUGAUAGAUGCGGACGAUCAGCCCCAGGUGGACGCCUUUACUCCAGCUCUGGAGACUUUGGUCAAAGAGCCCUUGUUCCCACACUCGUUCCUCUCCAGACAGUCUAUCAUCGAAUUUGAUAACCUUGUACGCGUUUUCGCCUUGGCGGUGGACUCCGAGGACAAUCUGGAGCGUUUCACUACUUUGCCAAUCUUAGGCAAGUCCCAGGCGACCAAGGCCCCUCAAUAUUUGUCAUUCUUUAUCAGAGUCCUUGUUGGCCACUACCCCAUCGGAACGAAGAUUGCGGCUUUGAACGUCGUGUCAUCUGUUCUUUCAUCGGCACCUGCAGACUUUGAUCCUCAGGCACUCCUGCCGUUCCUGUUUGUGGCCCUCUCUGAUCCUUCCCGAACGGAUUCGCCGAACAACGGCGGUGACAGCUCGAAGCCAUGGGCUCACGACACGAUCUACGGCAAGGGCAAGCAAUCCACUGGUGUUGCAUGGCUCACCACUAAGGAUGCGCAAAAGGUCCUGGAGCGGGCAUUGCUUCCAGGGCUGGAGGAGACUAUCCUUGACUCUAACCAUGUUCGCAGAACAGUGGAAGCUACGCUACGGGGCAACGUCCUGUCCGAAACUUCGGGUGCCACCGAACUCAAGAAGUCUCUCCGUCUUAGCCUGUUCGCUUUCAUCUGCUCCCAUGUUGUCAAUAUGCCAGUUUUCGCACCGAAGACUAGCUUGCUGAGAUUGAUCAACAGCGUGGAGAAGGUCUCUACGGCAACCCUGACGAGUGAGCUUCUCCAGGUACUAGAGGAUUGGCGUCGCUUGAACGAGAAGGAAGUCGAGGAAAUUUGUGGCAAAGAGCGCAUUGUGGCAUCUGAGACGGAGAAUUUGAUCGCUGCUAUUGUCACACCCAAAGACAAGGACGCCGUUGAUGUCCUCCUCUCCAAUGCCAGCUCUGGUGACAACUUGCGCCCAUCCUUUGUUGCGGCUUGCUUUGGCCAGAUCAAACACAUCUGGGCUAAGAUCCCCGAAGACCGCAAGUUGGCCGCAUCCGAGAAGUUGCUCGAUAUCUCUCUUUCGGGUUCGGCCAAUACUGCUUCUCUCGCAAACAACUGCCGGGACGUUCUUCGCACUGUCGAGCUCCCCGGUGUUGCCCUUCAGCAAUUUGUCCAAAAGAUCCCCGUCUCCAUCACCGAUGUUGAGUCUGUUGGCCCUGCUCCGAAGCGCAGACGUACUAGCCAGAACAACAUGGUUGCGAUGACCGUCAAGGACGAGGCAGAGCUUAGCAAGUUGAUGGACAAGAUGACUUUCAUCUUGGAGAUUGUGGAUAGCUCUUCCCCAGAAACACACCCCGAGCUUGUAGAUGGAUUGUUCCAGACUCUCGCUGCUCUUCAUCACUUCAAGUCUCAGAUCCAGUCUGGCAUGAGUUAUCUCCUCAGCUUGACUUUGGGAAGUCUCUUGGCUAUCGUCAACACAUCCAAAGGAUCUGCUAAGCCGAAGUUCGAUACAUCCGUCAUCAGGGCCGACCUGGUGGUGGACUGCGUGCGAACGACUGACAGCCCGCAGGUUCAGAACGGGGCUCUUCUUCUCGUCGGAAGUUUGUCCGUCAUCGCGCCGGAAUUGGUUCUCCACAGCGUUAUGCCGAUCUUCACGUUCAUGGGCACCAGCGUUCUGCGCAAGGAUGAUGACUACUCCGUUUCGGUCAUUGACCAAACUAUCGACCAGGUUGUCCCUGCCCUCAUCCAAUCCCUGCGUAACCAGAAGAGGGAUGUUGUCUCUGGAACGUCCGAGUUGUUGCUCAGUUUCACCGCAGCCUUCGAGCACAUCCCCUCGCAUCGCCGUCUGAGGCUCUUCCAUGCCUUGAUCAGCAAGCUUGGAACGCAAGAGUUCUUGUUUGCUGUCCUGGCAAUGCUCGCUAACCGAUACUCCACCGACAAGGAUGUCCUCACUCUGAUGACUGGUUUGGUUUCGGAUACUACACCAGUCGUGGAGCUUACCACCUACAGCAAGUACUUGAACUUGGUCAGCGAUUCUCUCAAGCCCAAGCCAGGUAUCUCGCAGGUCCUUCUUGGAAUUGGUAGCGACGAUGGACGCGACGCCCAGAGCAUCUGCGUCGACCUCCUGCGUGAUCUUGCUCACUUGUUCAAGCACUCUUCUCUCAAGUCUAAGCUUGAGACAGCCUUCGAGUCGGACGACCAGGUUGCUGACCAGUCCCGCGCUUGCUUCUCCCGAGUCCUAACGCAGGUUCUGAGCAUCGGCGAGGCUGUGCAGAGUAUGAAGCCCGUUAAUCAGGCUUGUGGUGAAGUCCUCGGCUCUCUGUUCAGCACCCUGUCUCUGGUUGACUUCCUCGAUACCAUUGAGGUUCUUCUCCAGGGUCCUAAUGACGAACUCCGACGCAAGGUACUUCGUUUGCUCGAAACCCGCCUCCGCCAGAACCCCGAGCGCGACAACCUGUCGCAGAUCCGUGUUCUCGACUUCCUGCCCACCCUGGUCGGCAUUGUCGAGUCGUCCCCGGACAUUUUGCUCAAGCAUGCUGCUGUUUCGUGCAUUGACCGCAUCACCGACAAGUACGGCCGUAAGGACCCGUCCAAGGUCAUUGCUGCGGCCAGAGUGGUUGCCAGUGAAUCUUGCCUCGGCCAAUCGGAUGACCGCAUCCGUUACAUGGGUGUCCUGUGCUUGGCCUCUAUGGCCGAGGUGCUGGGUCAAGCCAUGAUUCCUGCCCUUCCGGACACACUCAAGCGUUCAUUGGAACUGCUCGAGUUGAGUCUGGUUUCAGGCGAGGAGAACUCGCGACUCCACGACGCCGUGUUCACCCUCUUCUCUGCCCUCUUCGUUCACCUGCCAUUCAUGAUCUCAGCUGGCCAUCUGGACAAGAUGCUGCUCCUGUCCUUCAAGUCCGCUAACGCGGACAUCGAGGAGAGCAGUGAUGAAAGCCGCCAGGAGUGCCUGCGGUUGAUGGCCCGCAAGGUGGAUGUGGGCGCAACUCUCGGCGCCGUUGAUCGCAACUGGCAACACGCCGUCCAGGCUGGUCCAAUUGCUGUGAAUGAAAUCUUGGAAGUUGUCACAAUCGCUGUUGACAAGCACCCCAAGUCGACUAUUGCUAAGAACAUUGGUGUGCUUACGAAGAUUCUCUUCAAGGCGUUCGAUCUGCGCCGUGAACAGAUUGCUCUUGGCGACAAGGCUAUCUUCGAAUCGACUGCUAUUGACGAGGCUGAAGUGGCGCUUAACGACGUUACGAUCAAGAUGAUCUACAAGCUGAACGACAGCACGUUCCGGCCCAUAUUCCUUAAGUUCGUUGAGUGGGCCACUACUGGCUCCUCCAAGGAUGAACAGGCUCGGGUUUCACGCCUCACGACUUUCUACAAGUUCCUCGAAGUCUUCUUUGGUACUCUCCAGUCAAUUGUCACCGGGUACUCCAGCUAUGUGUUGGAGAACGUUGUCAGUGUCCUGAACACGUCGAGUCCCUCCAAGGCCCAGAAGUCCCUGUGGUUGGCUGCCCUUCGUAUGCUCCGCAAGUCCUUCGAGCAUGACCAGGAUGAAUUCUGGCAGAGUCCCUCCCACCUCGCCAGCAUUUCCGGUCCCCUGAUCGCCCAACUGGGCCAUGCAACCAGCACGACCACCUCGAACAUGGUCAUUGCCGACGUCGUGCCCACGAUCACGGAACUGGCCAUCGCCGCCGACUCUACCGAUAACCACAAGGAGCUGAACUCCGCCCUGAUGAAAUACCUCCGCCCCUCCUCUGCGCCGAAUGCCCGGUCCGCUGGUGGCGACAGCCCCCACACCCGUCUCGCAGCGCUCAAGACCGAACAGGCUCUUACGGAGCAGCUUGGUGAGGAGUGGCUGGCACUUCUACCGGAGAUGCUGCCUUACAUCAGUGAGCUCAUGGAAGAUGAAGAUGAGAGUGUUGAGAGAGAAGUCCGCAAAUGGGUUAAGCAGAUUGAGAAGGUGCUUGGUGAGCGUCUCGAUGAUAUGUUGACUUAG